AUGAAGGCAGGUUGCUUAAAGGAGCACUCUAAGCAACAUACCCACUACAUGUUAUUGUAUUGAUUAUAUUGACCCGAGUGCCAUGGCACCACGCCCAGUUUAGGAUCAGUUUAAUAUAUCCUACUUCUUGGUGUCCAGAGAUUGCCUCCAUCUCCUCCGUCCUGGACACAGCAUUAAUGCUCCCUCAUAGUUUUUAUAGCUUCCUUAUAGCUUCCAACGCUCAUGAUUCCAUGGAUGAAAUAGAUAGGCUGAGAAUCAUGGGAGUUGUAGUUCAGCAACAUCUGGAUGGCCGGAGAUUGGGGAAGCCUUCUGUAGCGUUUCCUCACUCAGAACACUUGGAGGAUGUCUAAGGAAAUCCCAUCCAAUUGGGAUCAUGAUGGACAGACAAGUUGGAAUACAAAAAAAAGCCCUGAAGUGGUUUCUGUUGCCAUAGAAAUGUGGAGACAGUCUGCUACCCCACUAGAUACCAAGGAUUUACAUUCUGCAGAGUGUGGACUAUUGGUUUCCACUCCCCCAGUUUCUCCUUACUGACAGUAGUUAAGAUGAGUGUGUGGGUAUGUAUGUAUUUAGUGGGUGUGAGUGGCUACUUUGAACAUGUGUGUGUAUUAUUUAGUGGGUGUGAGUGGCUACUUUGAACAUGUGUCUGUAUUUAAUUAAAUGUGUAAGUAGCUAGUUAUGGUUCUGUGGAUAAUUAGAUGUUUGAACAGCUUGUUCAGACGGGACAGUCCUGAUUUUUGGUUCUUGUCCUGCCAUCCUAACUUUGUUCUCUGGUGACCCACUUUUGGGGACACCAGGGAACUAUCACAAACAAGCAUAGCUCGAGUACACCAUUAGAUGUUCUUGCACUUAUGCUCAGGGCAUUAAUACCAUGCGGAGAGCACUGAUGGCUCCCUACAUGGUGUGCCCUUGGUGGGACAGCCUAUUUUAUUAGCAGGCUGACCUGUCAUUUCAAGGGGUGGGACACUUUGGGUGGAGCCAAAAUUAUAUCACUGGCACGCUAUUUUACCCCUUCCAUUGCGUCCCGCUGCACAGGACGCCGACGUAAGUUGGUACAGUAAAGAAAAAAAGUAUUUCAUGCCCUGCUGAUUUUGACCUUUGCCAACUGACAAAGAAAUGAUCAGUCUAUAAUUUUAAUUGUAGGUGUAUUUUAACAGUGAGAGACAGAAUAACAAAAAAAAUUUUUUUAAAAAUCAGAAAAACACAUGUCAAAAAAGUUAUAAAUUGAUUUGCAUGUCAAUGAGUGAAAUAAGUAUUUGACCCCUUCCACUUAGUACUUAGUGGCAAAACCCUUGUUGGCAAUCACAGAGGUCAGAUGUUUCUUGUAUUUGGCUACCAGGUUUGCACACAUCUCAGAAGGGAUUUUGUCCCACUCCUCUUUGCAGAUCCUCUCCAAGUCAUUAAAGUUUCAAGGCUGAUGUUUGGCAACUCCAACCGUCAGCUCCCUCCACACAUUUUCCAUGGGAUUAAGGUCUGGAGACUGGCUAGGCCACUCCAGGACCUUAAUGUGCUUUUUCUUGAGCAAUUCCUUUGUUGCCUUGGCUGUGUGUUUUCGGUCAUUGUCAUGCUGGAAUACCCAUCCACGACCCAUUUUCAAUGCCCUGGCUGAGGGAAGGAGGUUCUCAUCCAAGAUUUGACGGUACAUGGCCCCGUCCAUCGUCCCUUUGAUGUGGUGCAGUUGUCCUGCCCCCUUAGCAGAAAAACACCCCCAAAGCAUAAUGUUUCCACCUCCAUGUUUGACGGUGGGGAUGGUGUUCUUGGGGUUAUAGGCAGCAUUCCCCCUCCCUCCUCCUUCAAACACGACGAGUUGAGUUGAUGCCAAAGAGCUUGAUUUUGGUCUCAUUUGACCACAACACUUUCACCCAGUUCUCCAGUUAAUCAUUCAGAUGUCCACUGGCAAACUUUAAACGGGCCUGUAUUGUUAUUAUUUUAUUAUUUAUAUAGCGCCAUCAAAUUACGUACAUGUGCUUUCUUAGCAGAGGGGCCAUGUGGGCAUUGCAGGUUUUCAGUCCUUUAUGGCAUAGUGUAUUCCCAAUUGUUUUCCUGGUGACUAUGGUCCCAGCUCCCUUGAGAUUAUUAACAAGAUCCUCCCUGGUAGUUCUGGGUGUUUCUUCCAUUUGCGAAUAAUCGCACCAAUUGUUGUCACCUUCUCACCAAGCUGCUUGGUGAUGGACUUGUUGCCCAUUCCAGCCUUGUGUAGGUCUACAAUCUUGUCCCUGACAUCCUUGGACAACUCUUUGGUCUUGGCCAUGGUGGAGAGUUUGGAAUCUGAUUGAUUGAUUGUUUCUACAGACAGGUAAAGAAGCUGAGAUUAGGAGCACUCCCUUUUAUAGAUUGAUCAUUUCUUUGUUAGUGGGCAAACGUUCAAAAUCAGCAGGGAAACAAAUACUUUUUUUCCCCUCACUUUAUGCUAGUUAUAUGUGUGAGAGUAUGGUUUAUUUAAUAUAUUUGUGUGUGAUAGUGAUGAAUAUCACUUUGCUUAAUUAAAUAUUACCAGGGUUAUUCAUUAAAGUGAGAAUUGUUAAAGUGAAUUUAGAAUGUAAGCCAAAAAUAGCAGUUGAAAUGCCCUUCAAAUUCACUUUGACGUCCCAACAAUUCCCACAUUAGUGAGUAACCCUGUGUGAGUCUAACCAUGUAUUUAUUUAAUGAACUUCUAACUUUUAUUGGCCCAUUAUGCAGAAGUUUCAUAUCCUUUAAAGGGCAUUUUACCCCCCAAAGUGAAUUUCCAGGUUGCCUGUGGUGUCCUUUGAUAUAUUUGCUUUCAGAUUCACAUUCUAAAUGUGUCUUGGAAUAACAGUUUAUUUCAAUAUGGAAAGCUAAUAGAUUUAUAUGGAAGGAACAGAAACUAAACUGCUACGUUAAACCAAUCAUUCAAAAGGGAAGUGCAACUUUUAGUUUGUAAAUAAAAAAAUCGGAGGUACUUUUUAGUGCUCUAAAUAUGACCUCUGGUGUAAAUGUGGGAGAGAGACCAUGUUAGUCCUACUCUACAUGGGCUGGAAGGCACCUUAAAAACGCUUUUUAUGGAUUUGGAGCCCCCAAGAGGAUUCUUCUCUUAACUACAAAGCUGUGAUACUCUGCAUGCAGCUCCUGUAAUCAAUGUUAUUGUCUAUAUAGCUCGCUCAAAUAGAUGUAAUGUAAAAUAAAUGUCUCAAAUAAUUUAUCACACUGCCUGACAAUUAUUCUUUUGGUGUCUACUGCUUAUAUUUAGUAAAUACUGAAAUUACUCUUUUAGUUUAGUUGCUUCACUUGAUACUUUAUGGCAGAAUUAUACAAUUUAAACUCUGCAUUCAGAUAGAUGUGUUACAUUAUAUAUAAAAGCGAGUUAUAAUAGCUAUAUUUAAGUGCUGAGUUGCAAAAUGCUCAAGCAUGACAGAUCUGCUGUCUCAGGGCAAAGAUUGAAAGAAUCAGUCUUUGUGAGAGAUAUUAGUGGGUUCUGUGUAAAAGCUGUUUUGUGUUUUAGUAAAUACUUAAUUUAAUCUCACUGAAAACCAAAUUGCAAAUUGGCAACUAAUGUUGGGGAGUUGUUGCAAGCAAAGCGGCCUAGGAUCUUCAGAAGAUUGCGCAUCCAGAAAUAAAACUUGAAUUAGAUAGAAUGGGGUACCGUAUGUCAUUUAAACUUUUUAAAAGUCACUUCUUGACUUGGAUGGUGGGUGUGCAGAGAUUAGUUAUUUUUAAUGGACACUCUAAUCACCAAAACAACUUUAGCUUAAAAAAACAGUUUUGGAGUUAAAUGAUUUUGCUUGUGCAGCCCUAGCCACACCUUCCCUAGCUAUGACUCACACAGCCUUCAUGACCCAUUGUACAGCGCUACGGAAUGUGAUGGCGCUAUAUAAAUAAUAAAAUAAUAAUAAUAAUGAAAAAAGGGUUUUAUUUCUACAACACUUUACUGUUACUUUAGAUGGUCUUAUCGCCUGCUGUGUUACUUGAACUUUACAAUAACACUAUAGCGUUAGGAAUACAAACAUGUAUUGUUAAAGCUAUAUUGUCCUGAAACCUACCUACGUGCCCUCCUCCCAUGUGAGCAUUUAAAAGGUGAGUACCCUUCUGCACUGUUUCCCAUACUGCCGCUCCACCUCUUUGGCUGCGAUCAUCAUUGAUGAUGAUCCCAGCCAAUCCAAUAUUUAGCCAUUGGGAAGCAUUUGGAAGCUAGCGCGCAUGCACGGCAAAACACCACACUGCACCAAUCGAAUUAUGUUCUAGGAGCAGCAUUUGAUUUAUAACUGAGUUUUAUUCUGGCAAUGUAAACAUGAUCAACACACCAUAACCACUUAAUUAAGCUAAAGAUGUUUUGGAGUUUAAAAUAUUCUUUUAAGAACCACUUUACAAUCUUCAGAUAACAAUGGUAGUAAUCUGUAUUCUGGCAGCAGAGUCAGAAUCAAAGAUUAUCCAAUGAAAUAAUGGUUGGAUGAGCGAUAAGGUUGCUCAAAACAAGUUUAUGGUAUGUUCAAUCUCAGAAACUGUGGACCAGCGUUGAUGUCUUUUCAAACGGUGCAAACUGAUGUUAAAUAUAUAAGAGACAUAAUAUAAUCCAAACACAGUUACUCAUAUGACAUCCAAUGCCAGUCACAUGAGUGUCAAGGGGGUCCAGCAGUGCAAUUGAAAGAGUGACUUUUCCCCCCACUUUUUUAGAUGAAGAUGAAAGUAUUGAUACCCUUGCAUUUUUAUAAACUAAUUCACUAUUCACUCAUUUGAGUUUGCCCUCCAACAGAAUUUGUCAAAAAUGGAUGUUGAUAAUCCACAGUACUUUUGGGGGUAUGGCCUUUGGACAGAUGAAACUAACAUGAGCUUUUUGUCAAAUCACAACAGCUCCAUAUUUAUAGAAAGAAAGUAAAAAAGCACCAUCGCUACCAUGAAACAUGGAGGAAGCUCAGUGAUGUUUUGGGGGUAGCUUUGAAGCCUCUGGUUCUGGCUUCUUAGAAUCUGUGCAGCGCACAAAAAAAAUCAGAAGACUAUCAAGGCAUUCAGAAGCAAAAUGUACUGCGCAGUGUCAGAAAGCUGCAUCUUAGUCACGGGUUCUCUAGCAGGAUAAUCAACUGAAACAUACCUCAAAAGCACCCAAGAAAACAUUGUACCUAUCCGAACUGGCCUUCUACGAGUCCAGAUCUCACAACAUCUGUGGAAAGAGCUGAAACUCGCAGGUGGGAAAAGGCAGCCAUCAUACCUGAUAGAACUAGAGCAGUUUGUUCAAGUGGGCUAAAAUUCCAAUCAAAAAGUUUACGAAUAUUAAUCGGAGCAACAGAAAGCCCAAGAUUGCAGUUAUUGUCUCCAAAGAUGUGGAAAAGACUAUUAGGCAAAUAAUAUUAAUAUUUUGUCUGUGCCACUCUUAUUUGACAUAUUGUUUAAAUGGUUAACCACCAUGAUCACUUAUACUUUUAGAAGUGGACAUGUAUGUACUGAAUUUCUACUUGAAACACUUACACAGUAAUCUAAGGUUCUAUUCCUGGCUGCCUAAUGUGAAUUCUGUGCAAAAAUUAUACCUGUCAUCAGCAUGCACUGGUGACAGGGGUAAACAGCUUCCACCCAAGCGCACCUACAAGAGAAAGCUUCAAAGUCCCCUCCCUCAGUCCUGCACUCACUCCCCGCCUCCCUCCAUCUAGAACAGUAGAAACAAAUAUAUUAAAUUAAAAGAUUCCAGGUAAGGAAUCCACUCCAGCUCUCCCAGUGUGUAUCUCUCUUUGUUUGUGUGUGUGUGUAUGAGAUUGUCAGUGUGUGUCUGUCAUUGAGUAUCUGUCAGUUGGUGUGUGUCUGUCAGAGUGUGUCUGAGUGAUUGUGUGUGUCUGUCAGUGUGUCAAAUCAGUGUGUGUGUGUCUGAGUAAUUGUGUAUGUCUGUCGGAGUUUGUAAAAUCAGUGAGUGUGUCUGUCAUUGUAUGUCAGUGUACCUGAGAGUGUGUGCCUGUUGGUGAGUGGGUGUGUCAGUGUGUCUCUGCCAGUGUGUUUUGGUUAAACAGGUGUGUGUGUUACUGUAUCUUUCAGUCAGUAUAUGUCAGUGCAUGCAUCAGUGAGGGAGUGUCUGUCAGCCAAAGUGCCUGUUGGUCUUUACUAGGAAGAGGUGCAGUCUUGACAGGAAAGGACGUGGCAAAUUUAAAUUUGGGGUAUGCUCGAGUUUCAUCAUGCCUAGGGAAGCACAAAUCGAAAAUACACCACUGCAAAAACAUAUUGUUUUAAUGAAUCUAAUUAAAGGGACACUUGGGAGCCCUGAACCACUUUAGCUUGCUGAGUGUGUUUUUUUCAUAUUGCAAACAAAGUGUAGAUUUCAAUAGAAAUUGGCACUUUUAUAAAUUAGAAAACAAUAUAUAGGCACUAAAUAUGCCCAAAAAGUGAAAAUCAUUACUUAUCUAAAAAAUACAGUGUGACAGCCUCCCAGGUCACUACCCAGAGAAAAUGACCUUUACACAGCAAGAGUACAAAACAACCAAAGAGAUUGGUAUACGGCUGUAAAUCUAGAACAAAAAACAUACAAAGUGUAAUACAAUUUAAAAAAACAAACAAAUUGUGUUAAUGAAAUGCACUCACAAGGUUACGUGAAAAUAGCGCUCUAUGGUGCCUCCCCCGAUAGUAGUGGGGGGCUAAGUGAUCCCUUCUGUUGUUUCACCGAUGGACACACAAUGCAGGACUCCAGUGAUGGUAAAGAACAGCAGCUUUAUUUGUAGGAAGAAAACUUCACCCAGCUCAACAUAGAGAAAUAAAAAGAUAUUUACCUCCAGAAUUUAAUGUUUGGCUGCAGGGAUGGGGUCUUUGCACCACUUAAGUAAGAUGACAGUUUAGUUAUGCUGGUAAGAAUUAACCUUUAACCCCUUAAGGACAAAUGACAUUUGUGACAUGUCAUGAUUCCCUUUUAUUCCAGAAGUUUGGUCCUUAAGGGGUUAAUAAUGUAGAACCCAUUUUCUUUUGGUGCUUGCCAAAAUGUUGGUUGUAGCGGGAAAAGGGAUUAUUAUUAUUAUUAUUUUAUUAUUUAUAUAGCGCCAUCAGAUUCCGUGACACUGUACAAUGGGAUGGCUUACAAAGGCUGCAGACAAGAUAUCUGCAGCUUUUACAAGCUGUUUUUAGAUAUCCUCCCCCCACCCCCCCAAUGCAUACAUUUUUCAUUAAGUGUAUAUCAACCAAAUAGUGCUUUAAAAAUACAUGGGGAAUGGAGUGUUCCUUUAAAAAUGGCUGCUUUAAAAAAAUCUCAACUCUUACCAAGAGAGACCCUAUCUCACUAGUUACCAGUACAUUCAAUUAGACUAUUUAUUCUGGGUGUCAACAUUGUACUUUGGAGGGAGGGAAGGAGGAAUUAAUAAUAAUAAAAUAAAUUUAAAUUGCCGGAAAUGUCUCUCUUUAUUUACAUUCCCCCAUGGCGCUGCUGCCGGAAGUGUCCCGCUGAAGCCGUCCCCUGGAUGUCGCGGCGCAGGGCUAUUGGUUCCGGUGUAGGGUGACACGUGGCUUGCUGAGCUGGGUGGAGAUAGGGGGGAGAGGGGUGGAGGAGUCCGGUUAUGGCAGGGUCCGAGAGGAGAACUGAGAGCGGUAAAUACUGCUUUAAUUAAUCUCUGAGCUGAGGAUUACAUGGGAUGCUGGAGGAGGCACUCACUGAGUGUGAGUGGAGGACAGUUAGGGAUGGGUUGAUACCUGGGUGUGGGUAGGUGAAUGGGUUUCUCAGUGUGAGUGGAGGAUUUGUAUGGCUUGAUGAGAGUGGGGUGGGUGUCUGAGCUGGUAAUGGAUUAAAUUGAUUAUUGAGGGCACAUUAGAAAGAUUGUGAGUGGCCAGUAAAUGGCAAGCUGAGAGUUUGUGAGUGGCUAGUAAAUGGCAAGCUGAGAGUUUGUGAGUGGCUAGUAAAUGGCAAGCUGAGAGUUUGUGAGUGGGUAGUAAAUGGCAAGCUGAGAGUUUGUGAGUGGGUAGUUGAUAAGUUGAAAGUAUGUGAGUGGACAGUGGGUUGAAAGCUGAGAGUUGUGUGAGUUGGUAAUGCAUACCAAGCUGAGAGUUGUGUUAGUUGGUAGUGGAUGGUAAGCAUAGAGUUGUUAGUGGAUACCAAGCUAAGAGUUGUGUGAUUUGGUAGUGUAUGCCAAACUCAGUGAAUGGUAAGCUGAGAGUUGUGUGAGUUGGUAGUGGAUACCAAGCUGAGAGUUGUGAGUUGGUAGUGGAUGCCACGCUGAGAGUUAGUGCAUGGUAAGCUGAGAGUUGUGGGAGUUGCUAGGGAAUACCAAGCUGAGAGUUGUGAGUUGGUAGUGGAUGCCAAACUCAGUUAGUGAAUGGUAAGCUGAGAGUUGUGUGAUUUGGUAAUUGAUACCAAGAUGAGAGUUCUGUUAGUAGUGGAUACCAAGCUGGAAGUUAGUGAAUGGUAAGCUGAGAGUUGUGUGAUUUGGUAGUGGAUGCCAAACUCAGUUAGUGAAUGGUAAGCUGAGAGUUGUGUGAUUUGGUAAUUGAUACCAAGAUGAGAGUUCUGUUAGUAGUGGAUACCAAGCUGGAAGUUAGUGAAUGGUAAGCUGAGAGUUGUGUGAUUUGGUAGUGGAUGCCAAACUCAGUUAGUGAAUGGUAAGCUGAGAGUUGUGUGAUUUGGUAAUUGAUACCAAGCUGGAAGUUAGUGAAUGGUAAGCUGAGAGUUGUGUGAGUUGGUAGUGGACUCCAAACUCAGUGUGUGAGUGGGCAGGUGAUAUCUGGGAGUGGGAUGGAGGCUAGUCUCCUUGAUUACAUAUUUGUUCUGUUCCAUUCAGUGAAGAGGACUCAUUGAAAGCCAGUAAGGGUCAAGGAGAGGCUAAGGAGGUGUGAAGGGAUAUAACGGAGUCUCAGUGCAGUAAGUAAGGGUGGAGCAAUGUGAUGAUUGCUAGGUAGAGUACAGUAAGUGGCAGUGGACAGGGGAGGGUAAGGUUGGUGGGCAGGCUUAGGGUGGCAGUGUCUGUGUGCAGGAGAGAUGGCCAGGUAAGAUUGUGGGGGGCUGGGGAGGCUGGUUAGAACUUCUUAAUGAAUGUUAGGGGUGUAAAGUCAUGGAAAGACCAGCUCAUAUACUUGGGUCAGAGAGCCCCUAUUAUAUAACAUAUUCACAGCUAUCUUAUUGCAAAUAUUGCCCUGAUACUAAGAAUACAAGAGGUUUUAGGAUGAUUUAAAUCACAGGGGCCCAGUCAGGUCAUGAGACAAUGAUUGCCAGGUCAGUAGGUGUUAUGAGAACAGAUACAAUACAGUUAGACCUUAUAAAUAACAUUUAUUGUUUUGAUGUUUCUCCUGACACAAGUUUGCAUGCUUUUAUGAAUUCUUUGAAUGUAACAAUAGUUACCACCCCUGCAAUAAAAAUUUGUAUAUGAAUAUACAGCUAAAGCAAGAUCCUAUCUGUUGGCUUUAGAGCUGAUGUGGAAAGAAAGCUUUUAUGAUUUGGGAGUGUGAGAAUGGGUGGGAAAUGUCUGCAGGUAGUGGAGAGGAUGAGAUCGGACAGAAGAAUUGAGAGGUUUGGCCGUCUGGCAGUAGUUUUAAAGGAAAACUGUCAUAAUUAUUUUUUAAUGGUAUUUGUAAUAAAAGUUUACAUGUAAAAUAGCCUGUGUGUGCAUUAUUUUGUAUUGCUUUCAUAUAAGUAAAUCCAUUUUAAUAUAUCGCCUGUGUUUAAUUCUUGUUUUCACAGAGGCACAACCUAUGUGCAGGUAAUAAAGAUGCAGUAUGCAUUAACAAACACAGAUAUUCUGCAUACGCUCAGAGUGUCUGUAAAAUAUACACAGGGAUGGUAACACACCUACACGUACGUUGUUUUAGCAGAUACGUGCUGCUUCUUACAAACAUGGUUAAACAGCGCAAAGAUAAGGCAGGGGAUUAAUUAAAGAGUUAAAUUAUAUAUUCAUUACAAAAUAAAUACAAAUCAAUAGAUAUUACUUGUAAUUCAAAAAAAAUAAACGAUUUUCCGUAAAAAUAAUAAACUAUGACAGUUUUCCUUUAAGAAGGGGUAAUGCAGGUUUGUUGGUUUUUGGAGAGGGCAUUUUAGAAAUUUUUUUGUGUGUUUGUACAGUGCUCCUGAUGUGGAUGCAGAUAUCUAAUAUUUAUACUAUGUGAUUGAAUUUAAAAAAAAAAACAACCAAAAAAAAAAACCACUUUAAACAUUUGUAGGUUGUAUCCACCCAUGUAUUUUUGUGUUUUUAUUUAAAAUUAAAAACAAUCCAUUGUGACUUUAAAUGGAUAUGUAUUGUAAUUAAAAGGCUAUUCUCUACCUAAUCUCUUAUAUAAUUAGAAUCUUACGAAAUGUGAACUUGACAUCUCUUACAUUGGCCUUUAUACUUUAGUGAUGGCUAGCCUUUGGUACUGCCGCUACUUUGGACAUCCUUUGGCAUGCCGGUGGUCAAGAGGUUUAGUCUGCAGCGUAGCUAGCUGAGCAUCAUAGGAAACAUAGUCCUUCCAUAGCUAAAGUAAAGAUACUGAUGUAUAGGGCUGAAAGGCAUUCUGUGAUACAGGCUGAGCUGUACCUCAUUAGCCAUAAUACACAUUACUGAACGUGCUUUUUGUUUUGUGUAUAGCAGUGAUAAUCAAAAGGUGGGUUUUCCAUUUUUGUCCACAAUGAGGUUUACAUUGUGAAAGUAGUGUGUGGCUUAUUUGUUUGGCAGGAGAGGGAGAGGUGUGUGGGUUUUUAUGGGCAAGGUGUUUCUCUGUGGGUAGAUGAGAAUGAAGAGAUUUGAAAUUGUGUCUAUUUCCCUUUUCUGGCCUAGAGCUUAAUUUUCUAGGUGCUAUUAAACAAGGCUCUCUUACUCACUUGCUGGGAUCUUACUUAGUAGAAUGGUGAUGCUAAACCUUAGUAUUAAUAUCUGUUUCUUUAGGAGAAUGUUUGAAAACUGGCACAUAUAUUAGAUGGAAGCUGUUUUAUUUUUAAAUUUAUUCUUAGGACGUAUUUUCUAACCUCAAAUAAUCACUCACAAUUCCACUACAACGAGAGGGGAAUGCCAUUUUACAUAUGGAACAUGGAUUUGUCUGCUGUUUCCCAACAAAUAUGUACAUUUUCCACAGUACACGUUCACUUUAACCAGAUGUGAAAAGAACGUUUGUAUACCAUUGCAUUUUUCACAUUCUGUCAUCUCGUAUCAGGCUCCCUAAGGGGAACUGUCACUUGAAUUCCAGGAGCCAGAAAGACACCUCUCCUAAAAUGUUGCUUAGUCUGCAGGCCCAUAUGGCUUGCCUUGUUUUAUACAUUAAAGCUGUACCCCUUCUCUUGCUGCAGAAACAAGAUCAGGAAGGCUUCUAACUUACGCCUCAAUGUAAUAUAUUUGACUAAACGUUUCAAUACGUUUUGUUUUUAUAUACUGUAUUUAAUUUUAAAUAUUUAAAUAGCACUAUAUCGUAUAUUAAAAUAUUUUUCAAAUUAUGAAAUCACUUGAAAAGCUAAUCAAAAAAUAUAAAUAUUAAACCAUUUGAAAAGUCUUAAUCUGUGCAUGACAUUUUAUUACCUUUAAUAAAAAAUACUAGUUUCAUAUGCACGAUCGGCUAGAAUCUACUCUAACGGCUUGAUGAAUAGUGUGGAAAUUUGAUUUGGCAAAUGCCAACAGUCUUUUCUGAUUGUUUGCACCCCGAUGCAUUGAGCGACCUGUAGUUAAAUUACAUGUAUCUUUAAUAUAAAGUCUUAUUUACAUUGCUGAGGCCAGAGAGACACUCUAUCUGCACCAGAUCCAUUACAUUAAACCUAAGUGGUUCUGGUGCUUAGUUUUCCGUUAACAUAAAUGCAUUGCUAACUGAUGCAUACAUUAAAAGCUUGUUUGAGUUAAUUCGUAAACACCUAAAAUUAUAGCAGGAUUAUGGCUCUGAAGAUACUCAGUGUCAAGGAUAUAAUUCAAAUGAGCUCUCAAAGGGGAUUUAAACUCUAAGAAUUAUAUUGAUUCAUGCAAUGCAGAAAGAUAAGGACUUGUUGACUUGGAGACUGAGAUAAGACGAAAACUUGACACAUAUUCUCAACAUUCACAACUACUGUUUACAAUAAAGGAAAAGUCUAAAAUUGAAAUACAACAAUGUAUGUUUUAUGUUCGUUUGUUCCUGCAUAUUUAGAUUUAAAGUUCCCCCCUCUAUUAUAUACAAUGCUGGCUGUAUCUUCUUAUUGCAACUGCUGCAUUGUAUACCAUUUUACCGUCUGUGAAUAAGAAAACAGAUUGACAAAAAAAAGCCCUCCCCACACACCCCACCCUAGAAAAUAAAGAGAAACCUUAUAUCCUUUACCGCACGGGUCUCAUCACAUCAGCCGCUCUGCCCCUUUCUAAGAUUAUCAUUACGAUGAUGUACGCCAAUCGAAUGGUUCUCAACAGAGAAGCGUUGAGGGGAGGACUCCUGCACAUGCGUGGCAAUCACCUUGUUGCACAAUUCAGAUGUAUUCUACUAAUGCAUUUAUAGGGAGCACAAGAGUACCAAGCGUCAGUCCUUCAAACAUUGCAGGACUGUGAGGAGGAAGCCCCUUUAAUGGCUGUAUGAGUGAAGCCACUUGAGGCAUCCUUACAGCUCAGUGUAAACACUCUCUUUUCACAGACAAAUUACUGCAGAAUCAGACUCUUAACACCAAAAUCUAUAGUGCCUUACGCUGGAACACUAAGCACUAUAACCACUACAGCCUGCCGAUUCUCUGCCAAAUUGUUUUUUGAGAGAUUUGACACAGAGGUCUCCAGGAGCUGUAGAACUCUUGCUGUCCAUAUCGCUAAUGUCACUUCUACCUUAGGAACAUCAAUUUCGUCCAAGUUUGGACAUCAUUCAUCGGCUGAACAUGUUGACGCCCUUACACAGUGAAUGCCAUCCAAUUAUUGAGAGAAGCGAUAUUUUUGAAGCUGGGUUGUAAGUGCCGCAUUAGCAAUAUGAAGAGCGAGAGUCCGGGUUAUGGGUCUCUUAAAGACCAUUUGACACACAAGUGGGGGAAGGCAAAGGAUAUACUGACAGCAUAACCACUACAGCGGUCUUACCUCAUUAGCUCUGCAAAAACUUUAAAUUAGACACUUCCAAACUAAAUGUUUUGCCUUUUUCUAAGUAAUAUUCUAAUAAAUCAUAUUUUUACAGAAAUUCCUGAACUUGUCUAUGGUACUAACCUAGCAAUGCUAGAGAAUUUACAAGGGAUUUUUUUCUGUUAAUUAUUUUGUUUUUCAAAUUUGCAAUUACUUUGUAACUUCCCUUCCCUCAAUAGUGAAUAAAAUUGCAUGUUACAUUGUUCCUUCCUGAUAAUAAUGUAGAUCCCAAUUCUUGCAGGAUGAUGUGGGGCAGACUAGUACCUUGGCUGUGCUUGGUAUGUCUGGGCCCUUGGCUCACUGCAGCAUGCCCCCCAGGCAGCCGUGCAUGUGAGAAUUCUACCUUCUCCUCUUUGGAUGCCUGGAUCUGCUCUCUGAUUGGUUCUCUGCUGGUGGGCUUCAGUGGCGUACUCCCCCUUCUGGUAAUUCCUAUUGAAGCAGGUGCAUCUCUGAAGUCUGAAGGUGAGAGCGUACAUCCCUUGCCUUUAUAUGUUUUAGAACAAAUGUUUUCACUGAGUACAAUAUAGAAACAAUAGUGAAGGCAGUUUUGCCAAGCCAAGCGCUAAAAUUAUCAAUAAGAAAAAACAACUGCUUGCUGCUCCUGUUAUGCUAUGAUGACGAUGGACUAUUUGUGUAUUACUAAUGAGAGCAAUCAUUCUUCUUAUAGGAGGCUCCAAAAGAUUGAAACAGCUGUUAAGCUUUGCCAUUGGUGGAUUACUGGGCGAUGUGUUUGUGCACCUUCUGCCGGAGGCUUGGGCGUACACAUGCAGUGCCACCACAGGUACUGUCCCCAGUAGGGAAGCCACAUGUACUAACUGCAUAUUUACUAUUAUCUGCCAGGGACAUCCCAGGCAGUUAUUGUAUGUAUAUUCACUAAAAGCUGCCUUGGGUGCAACAGUUACUCAUAUCACUGGCAGAGGUGCCACAGAUAUUCAUUGUAGUUACCGUAAAAUAAGAUUAUUCCUGAUACUUAUUUCAUGUAGCUGACCAUCUAAAUGUUGUUAAAUUGAUAGAAAUGCAAUUUGUUUUGUGUACAGUAAAUCACAUUGCAUGUGCUUCUCACAUUGCAAAUGCCCCCCGUCACUUGCAUAUACUGAAUGUCCCUGUCACGUGUGCAUAAGGAAUUAAUGUCUGCUAAUAUCAUAAAAUGUGAGUUUUAAUGUUUUUACAUUAUAUCUUAAAUUAUGCGUUUUAAUGUUUGAAAACAGUAAGCAUGGACAUAUAAAAAAAACACUGUCUAAUUAAGCUCAAAUUAAGCACCUAAAGUCUUAAUUACUUUUCUACCCUUUGCUCCCUCCACAUUCUAACACUACACAGCAGCUUUUGUAGUUCAAACUUCAUGGCUCCGUCCUUUCACAAUUUCAAAUAGCUUUAGGUUCCUGACAAAAUCAAAAGGGUAGCAAACCAUCUUUAUUUAUAUCAUGUUGUCGCACAAAGGGCAUGUGGAAAAUAAAUUGUAUUUCUAAUUCUAUGCUAAUAUUUCCUUCCAUGUCUUUAACCCCUUAAGGACCAAACUUCUGGAAUAAAAGGGAAUCAUGACAUGUCACACAUGGCAUGUGUCCUUAAGGGGUUAAUACUGCAAGUGUACCAAGAACAUUUAAUAAUUGGGUAAAUUUCUAUAUCUGUAUAUAAAAUUGCAGUUUUAUCCUACUUUUAUGUGCCAGACAUCCCAAGUUAAAAAAAAAAAGUACUUUGGCAGUGAAAAGGUUAAUUGCAACCUUUAAAUUUAAAGGACCACUCUAGUGCCAGGAAAACAUACUCGUUUCCCCCCACCCUCAGGGUCCCCCUCCCGUUGGGCUCUGGGGAGAGGAAAGGGGUUAAAACUUACCUUUCUCCAGCGCAGGGCAGGGAGCAUUUACAAUGCUUUCCUAUGGACGCUUACGUGUUCUCACUGUGAUUUUCACAGUGAGAAGCACGCAAGCGCCUCUAGCGGCUGUCAAUGAGACAGCCACUAGAGGAUUUGAGGGCUGGAUUAACCCAUUUAUAAACAUAGCAGCUUCUCUGAAACUGCUAUGUUUAUAAAAAAAAAAAGGGUUAACCCUAGCUGGACCUGGCACCCAGACCACUUCAUUAAGCUGGAGUGGUCUGGGUGCCUAGAGUGGUCCUUUAAUCCUGUUUCAGGAGAAAAUGCUCCUGGUUUUAAAAGAAGUUUCUAAAUGAAGCGGUAUUGAGAUUUGGCUUCAACCAUAAUGGGACAAUCAUAGUAAUUAAAGGUCACCAUAAUUUUACUUUUUUUUUCAUGUAAUGUAAAGAUAUGGCAUUUGAAAAAAAAUUAAGUGUAUGUAAAAGUACCUGAAAAUCUGGCUCCUCCUUUCACAGAACACCAGAUCCCUCUGCCGUAUUCAUACGCCUUCGGUUGCUUAUACUAUGCAUCACCCGAUGGGCAUGUGGGAGGGGGGGACUUUAUCUCCACUAGUUAUUUCUCAGAACCCAGCACUAUGGGACCUGAGAAAUAACUGCAGCAAUGGCUGCCCUUACAUUAGUUUUAGUAUUUAAUAGACAUGCCCUUACCUGUUGGCCGGCAGAUGGGGUAUAAAGAGGUAAAAUAUUAAUAUAAUAUUAUAGGUUAAUUUUCAACAUGAGUCUUAUUUGUGUGAAUAGCUUACUUAAUGUUGCAGACUUAAUGCAACUGUAUAUCAGGUGUGGCUUUGAUUGGUAAAUCUAUUGUGGCUCUGUAGUUACCACUGUACAUAAUUCAUUUUCUAACACAUUUACCCCAUUGUUUAAUCUUUUAUUAUCGAGGCUUAAAAUUUACACUUGGCACUAGCUGUUGGCAAGUAAAUAUUUAGCACUGGCAGGUAGAAAUUUACCCCUGGUGAAUGUGCCAUGGACCCUCCAGGCUUGGCUAGUAGUGUAGGACUAAUGAAAGAUUACUCCAGGCACCAUAACAACUUCAUUUGAAUACAGUAGGUAUGGUGCUGGAAGGUCCCUGAAGCCGGCUAACCUUCAGGGGUUCAACAAUGAACCCAAAAGUAUUUUGUCCUGCGCUGGUCAGCACUGCCCCUCCACAUACAUUGGAGUGCGAGGCUUUUUGUAUCAAGCCAGCAGCAGCUCCCCAUUCACAAAAUGGCUUGAGAAAACCGUAUGCUUUGUAAAUGGGGAGCUACUGAUAAACUAAGAAUGUCAGGUGGUGCUCUCAAGCUGCCUGUGGUGCCUAGUCCGAGAUUUUCUGUUUCAAGCUUUGGAUUCAAACUGAUGUGGAGCGGGCAGAGAAGACCGGUUGUUUAUGGUUUAAACCCUAAGGUAAACUGGCACCAUAACUUCUUUCCCAUGAAGUUGUUAUGGUGCCUGGAGUGUUCCUUUAAAAUUUUGAAGGUCAAACUGCUGGAGACCAGGGGACACAGGUGAUUUUCAAACCAUUUAAAAAACAGUUUACCCCUGUCACCAUAACCACUAGAAUAUUCUAGUUAUGGUGCUGAUACUGUACUUUUAAUGACGAUUUAAAAGGAAGAUUACAUUUAAAAAAGGUAGUGUUAUUGCAGGAAUCAUAGUUGGCUUUAAACAGAGUUAUUCACUAAAGUGUGAAUUGUCUGGCUUUUAAAGUGAAUUUAAAUUUUUAUGCCUAAAUAGUCAAACCGUAAACAGCUCACAUGGAGAAGACUGGGAUUGUUCUAUGCAGUGGUGAUUGUGCGAUGACUCGCACAUGAUUAUUGUCUGGAAAUGGAGCUGGUCUGUUUGCCACUUGCACUCCUUCCCUACUAGGACACCUUAGUAACUAAAAUAAAAUUGUUCGCUCUUAGCCCUUGGCGGUCCCAACGUUUUCUAAUGCUCAGCAUUCUGUGGAUAUUAUAUCCUGCUUAAUAAGUUUACUUAGUGCAUGUUCAUUUAACUAAAUAUUUGAUGGAUUGGUAGAGGUCUUGUGUAUACAUGUCUGCGUGUAACAAGUCCAGGCACAAAGCAGGGUGUAUUAUAUGUUACUGCAGGGGAUAUCUCAGAUCCAGCUGUGUGAAAGUGUUUUGUCUUCUUGUAGGCAGUUCCCAGUCUCUGCAGCAGCAGAAGCUCCUGGGGCUUUGGGUCAUCAUUGGCUUUCUUACUUUCCUAAUUCUGGAGAAGACCUUUUCCGAUGAGGAAUCCGAGCAGCAGCCGCAGCUGGGCACCAAUCCCAAACCAGUGAGUGAGUCACAUGGAACGGACUUUGUAAGGGAAAAGGGAACGUUAUUGCAUAGUAAUGUGCUUACAUAAGGAAAGAAUGCGCUCUGACUCUGUGUAGCUUGGCCCCACAAUAUCCUGCAUACUGUAUAUAGUGUGUGCACAGCCAGCUCUGAGCUCACAUCACAUUCAGUGUUCUAUCACGGAACUUCACAGUUUAACAGGGCAUCGUCUGUCUCACAUCCCCUGAUUCUGCCCCCUUUCCUGUGUUUUUUUUGUAGGACAUAGUGAAACUUUUGUGAGCUUGCUUAACCCUCAAACGCCCACGAAACUGCAUUAAAGAAAUGUUGCAGGUUUUAACCCAAUCACUGCCAGAUCACUGCUUUACACAUAGUUGCGUCUACUUCAUGGCUGCUAUAUCAGUGCUUGAUACUUAGUUAUGCUCGUAUUAACCCUGUGAUUGCCAGAUAUCUGCUUAUACUUGCCUACAAGUCUAUUAACCCUUUAAAUACAAGAUCCCUAUUUCACUUAUCACAUGGUCAUCUUAUCAUUGUGGUUACAAGAUGAAGGUUACCAAUUCUCUGACUGCUGCAUCACAGCUUUAGAAGUUUUGGAGUAAUGUUUUGAUUACCAGACCACCGCUGUAUAUCUAUUGUCCCUAUUUUAAUGCAUGUUCACUACUUCAUGAGUAUCCAUGAUGUAUAUGUGUUAAGAUUGUAAUCCCGGCCUCGUCACUGUCGGUGGUGUAUCCUGGUUUUGUUCUGUACUAAGUCCUGUCUGUGAGUGGCCUUACCAAGACAGCCAGACUUCACAUGCAGGACAUUAGAAAAACACAUUCCAUGCAUUGAUAUGACCUUGUUAAAAGGGACUCUUGAUACUCCUCGCAAGGAGAGAGGAGAUGGGAUUGUUUAACAGUUCCACUAUGGAAAUAGACAGAAUUAUUGUGGGUUGUGAUUCACUGCAGCUUUUAGGAAUAUAUAAAGCACAACGUGUAUGUUCCAACAAUCCAGUAGUCUAAAAUGAUAUUGUCUCAUUAUUUCAAGUACCGAUUUGCAGAAUUUGAGCCACAAUAGGGAAGUUGUAGAAGACCUACAUUUCAGCCACGCUGUUUUCUGCUGAACUCGUGGAUUAGAGCAUGUUUAUGUAGCCCCUCUCAUCGAGUCUGCAGUUGUAUUAGACACUUGACGUCAGUUUACUCUGGUGCCAUAGCGUUGUUUCUGAUCUCUUUGUUUUCUGUGUAUUGAUAGUCAGAUAAGAGGGGUAUACAUUCCUUUGCGAGCUCAAGGAUAUGUAUAUGAAUAGAAAUAAUGUAUUUGUUGACUGUAUGUUAUUGUUUACAAUCAUACCAUGUUCAGUGAAAGCUGCACUUAUAUACAUAUAUGGUUAUGUUACGUUAUUUUUAGUGAAAUGCAUUGUGACUGUGGAACAGUGCCGGUUGGCUGCCUGGAAACAUCUAGUACAACAGAAAUAGUAUCAUGUUCAAAACUGCAACAAACCAGAGUUUGAUUUAGGGACCCUCCAAGCACCAUAACAAUCUAUGCUUCCUGUAUAAAGAAUGGCACAGGGACAUUUACUUUCAUUCUGUUCAAGGACCACUAUAGGCACCCAGACCACUUCAGCUCAAUGAAGUGGUCUGGUUGUCAGGUCCCUCUAGUUUUAGCCCUGCAGCUGAAAACAUAGCAGUUUCAGUGAGGGUUAAUCCAGCCUCUAGUGGCUGUCUCACUGGCAGCCACUAGAGGCCCCUUCCGCGAUUCUCACUGUGAAAAACACAGUAAGAAGACGCUGACGUCCAUAGGAAAGCAUUGAGUAAUGCUUUCAUAUGGGCUGUUUGAAUGCGCGCGCGUAUGCGUAUUCGGAAAUGACGUCAGCAGGGGGUGUAGAGUUCCCAGCACAGAGGGAGCCUGGCGCUGGAGAAAGGUAACUGGCUGAAGGGGUUUUAACCCAUUCAGCCCAGCGGGUGGGGGAGCCUGAGGAUGGGGGCCUAACAACCCUAUAAUGCCAGAAAAACAAGUUUGUUUUCCUGGCACUAUAGUGCUCCUUUAAGGCAAAACUGUCAUAUUUCCUUUCCUUUCAAUUUCCUUUCCUUAUGCCCCCUGUAUCUUACAGGAACACAACAAGCUCUAGAUCCACUACAAUUUAAUGUAGGGGUUCUGGGGCAAAGAGAAUCUCUGUGUAUGCUCAGCAAUGUUAACACUGCCUUUUCUGCCUAAUUGGCUGUCACUCAAACAGCCACUAAGGUGCUUCCUGAGUAAGUCCUUCAAUCCUUGCAAUCCAACGUUUGGAGUCUUCACGCUGUCCAUAGGGAUGCCAUGAGCCAAUACAUUUUUAGGAGGAUAUAUUGAUUGUGCAGUGCACUAGCCACCCUUCAAUGAUCCCCAGUGGGGAAGCAAUGGAUUGGCUGAGAUAAUUAAUUAUGAUAAUUUCAGCCAGAGGAGGAGCCGUGGCUUUAUUAAUUUAAAAGGCAUGACAUGCGUCAGCGUUAUUGUGGUGUUGUCUUUCCCCUGCUGUACUGCUGUUCAUUCCCAGCCAUGAAUAUUAAAUGAAGAAAUAGAGGUAUUUUGUUUGAACUCAUUUUGCACAGUUUGUCUGCUUUUAAUAUAGCUCCACUGAUUUUCAAAAAUCACUAAAUUUAUCAUUCACAGCUCCCUACUGGGGACUCAAAUUUAUCAUUCACAGCUCCCUACUGUCUGUAGAAUAUUUUUUUGUAUUGUUUUGGUAUUUUGUUUUUACAUUUUUUUCCCCCCUGUUUUAGUAAAACUGACACAAAGACCACACUUUAAAGACAGGGGGGAUAAAAUAUUGGGUUAAUGAGUAUAUAUACAUGUUCCUAUUUCAAAUUGUGUUUGUUAAUCCCUAAAAGCAAUAACUAUUGAAAUGUCCCAUUGAUGUGUGACGUAGUUCUGUGAAUAAAUGUGGUGCCAAACUGCCCCUCCUUCCUUCCUUUUCUUGUGAGUUCUUGUCUGUUUUUCUGGGACCAUCAUAAAGGGGGCAUUUUGUUCAUGACAUCUAGCAGUGCACAUACAUUCAUAUAGACGUGAUCUAAAAGCUCUGCAAAGCCGGCACACUCUUACAGGGUGGUGAAUUCUGAAUCUUGGUAUUUUAAGAACCUUACGUAGAAUGUUUGAUUACUGGGUUUGGUUGUCCUCCCUCCCCCUCCCAAAUUUAAAGGGAUACUACAACUUAAGUUUAAUGAAGCAGUUUUGGUGCAUAGAUAAUGCAGUCUCAGUCAGCUGGGGAGGCUGACCUUCAAAGGUUGGUUAACCAGAACUCCCUUAUUCCACUACCAGCUAUGAUUAUGGCAAAUGGAGUGGUGGAGGAUCAUGGGAAUUGUAGUUAUAUAAGCAUCUGAAGGGCAGAAGGUUCCAUAACCAUAUUUUACGAUGCUACCUUUUACAGUAAAAGGAAUGGCAGGCUCUGUGAUUUAAUGAAACAAUAGGAGGAUAAUAGUUUAAUUUCUCAGUCUUUUAAUAGUUUAAUUUCCCAAUAUUUAUUUACUGGGGACUCUGCAGAGAGUUUGCACUCUAACGUUAGCAAUCUGUUGUAGAACAAGACACCGGUGAAUCUGUUGAAUGGAAAACAUGACACGGUUAAAAAAAGGAACGAUGCAGAACGGAACAGCCACAUCAAAGUAAGUGUGUAUUACUGAAUGUUUUCUUUAAAAGGACCUUCUAUGCACCAAAACAAGUUUAGUUUAAUAAAAGAUUUUUGGUGUAUAGAUAAUGUCCCUUCAGACUCACUGCUUACUAUUCUGCAAUAUUAGAAAUCAUGAUCUAUACAAGCAAUGUGUUGGCAUUUACUUUACAUUGCUUUGUUGUUUCUUUAUUUUAUCUCUAUUAUUUCCUUAUAACUCUUUCUUCUCUCAUUCAUUGCAGGUCAGUGGCUAUCUUAACCUGUUGGCAAACACUAUUGAUAAUUUCACCCAUGGCAUGGCGGUAGCCGGCGGUUUCUUGGUCAGUAAAAAGGUAGGGGACGUUUAAACUUCCUUUGUGGUCACUUACGUUUCUACAUGUAUAGUGUCCUCUAAUUAAUGCAUCUUUCUACACGUUUGUGGUCUUAUGUACGUUCUCUUUCUGUGUGCGGUCUUUUGUAACACACACAUUUGUUAGUGUCAUGUAAUGUAUGUUUCUACAAGUGUGUAAUGCUUUGUAAGGCUCCUUUCUUUGUGUGUGCUGCUCUGUCAUGUUCCUUUCUUUGUGCGUGUUCCCCUGUAAGAGUCCUUUCUUUCUUUGUGUGUGUGUGUGUGUUCCCCUGUAAGAGUCCUUUCUUUCUUUGUGUGUGUAUGUGUGUGUUCCCCUGUAAGAGUCCUUUCUUUCUUUGUGUGUUCCCCUGUAAGAGUCCUUUCUUUCUUUGUGUGUGUGUGUUCCCCUGUAAGAGUCCUUUCUUUCUUUGUGUGUGUGUGUGUGUGUGUUCCCCUGUAAGACUCCUUUCUUUGUGUGUGUUCCCCUGUAAGACUCCUUUCUGUGUGUGUGUUCCCCUGUAAGACUCCUUUCUUUGUGUGUGUUCCCAUGUAAGACUUCUUUCUUUGUGUGUGUGUGUGUGUGUGUGUGUGUAUGAGGAGGUAAUUAAAUGAGACUCUCAAACAUCUGGAGGAGCAUGCUAUAUAUUUAGUAGGAACCUGAGUGGGCUGGAAGAGGGGUGAGUGGGUUCUGGGUGUGUGAAGUGAUGUCUGAAUGUUGGUGGGAGAUUAGAAAUGGAGAGAUUCAGUGUUGCUGGGUUCUGGGUGUGUGAAGUAAGGCCAGAAUGUUGGUGGGAGAUUAGAAAUGGAGAGAUUCAGUAUUGCUGGGUUCUGGGUGUGUGAAGUGAGGUCUGAAUGUUGGUGGGAGAUGAUGAAUGGAGAGAUUCAGUAUUGCUGGGUUCUGGGUGUGUGAAGUGAGGCCUGAAUGUUGGUGGGAGAUUAGAAAUGGAGAGAUUCAGUAUUGCUGGGUUCUGGGUGUGUGAAGUGAGGUCUGAAUGUUGGUGGGAGAUGAUGAAUGGAGAGAUUCAGUAUUGCUGGGUUCUGGGUGUGUGAAGUGAGGCCUGAAUGUUGGUGGGAGAUGAUGAAUGGAGAGAUUCAGUAUUGCUGGGUUCUGGGUGUGUGAAGUGAGGUCUGAAUGUUGGUGGGAGAUGAUGAAUGGAGAGAUUCAGUAUUGCUGGGUUCUGGGUGUGUGAAGUGAGGUCUGAAUGUUGGUGGGAGAUGAUGAAUGGAGAGAUUCAGUAUUGCUUUGUUCCAUAUGUGUGAAGUGAGGCCUAAGGAGCAGGGAUGGGGAUGAAACCGUUCUUAGGUAUUUACAGCCAGGAGGGGCAAAGUACAGAGAGAGGGGGUGGGUAGAGUAAACAUUUGUUGUAUACCAUUGAAAAUGCUCUUUUCUACCUGUGUGGCCCUGUCUAAUGUACAUAUCUACAUGUGUGGUCCCCUUCUAAUGCUUUCUACUUGUGCAUUGUCUAGGUGGGGGUCCUGACAACCAUCGCUAUUCUGUUACAUGAGAUUCCCCAUGAGGUAAGUGCAAUUUCUGCAAGUGGAUUAUAAAUGCUAUGUUUACGACUGGCAUCAUUCGCCUCAUCCAUUUAAUCUUCUACUCCGCCAUUAGGUCGGGGAUUUUGCCAUCCUGCUCCGUGCUGGGUUUGACCGUUGGAGUGCUGCUAAGAUGCAGUUGACAACCGCAAUGGGCGGAAUACUGGGAGCAGGCUUCGCCGUCUGUGCUCAGUCACCAAAGGGGACAGGUAAAGCCUUUGCAGUGGCCUUUGGAAAUUAGUGCAGGAGCGGAGAAUACUGAUAUACAAAGUCACAGCUCAACAAAUUACUGUGCUCCCUUAUUGUACUGGAAGGAUAGGGUUUAUUGACCUCUCACUAGUACACCAUUUCCCUUUAUAUAUUUGAAGGAUUUCAGUGAUAUUGCCAUGUUCCCCAUAGUGUAACAUGCUCUCAAAUAAAUCUGUAUCCGGGAAGUAGAAUAAUUGUAAGAAAAAAAGGACCAGUGAAGUCUCAUUGUAGCAGUUGUUAAUAUGCACCUGGAGAUUUCUACAUUCAGGGUGUCCUGAUAAUUUUGUGCUUUUGUCCCUCACAGGAGAAACCGUGGCUUGGAUUCUCCCCUUCACAUCUGGGGGGUUCCUGUACAUUGCAUUGGUGACCGUCCUGCCAGACCUUUUAGAGGAGAAGAAUGCACGGUAAGGGUUAAUGACACACUCCACUGGGACACCAUGGGUCUUAUUUACUAACUGGCAAGAAGGUGUGAAAUGAGAACUAGGCCGAAAUUUACAGCAAACAUUGUCCAACUAUGACUAAAACCCUAGAUGUAUGUUAGAAAUUCAUGUCAGUAAAACACUCUAUAAUAAUAAAUAAUGCACAUUUAAAAAAACUGUCUCUACUUUGCAGUGUAAAGUUAUGUUAAAAACUAAAUUGCUAGAUGUUGGUCUAAUUGGCCAGGAUGAAAACUAUGUAGGACGUAUUAGUUUAAAUGUCUGGCUAGAGAACCUUUACAUGUUUGGCUAAGAGGGCGGAUAUGAUAUACAAACACUUCUUUUAUAACCUGUUCAUUAAUAGCACAGUACAGAGGAUGAAAAGUACCGAGUAAAGUGGCUCUGUCGCUCCCCUCAAAAUCUUUAUGAAAUGCCUGUAAAGACUUUGUUGGAACUUCAAUUAUUCCUACAGAGUCAAAAGAUGAAAAGACAACAUAGGUUCUCCGUUGUCUCGUGGUAAACUAUCAAGUUGACAAAAGGCAGCGCUACUGCUGUCAUGUUUUUGAACUGUCACUAGCACGGUGGGAGGAAUAAGGCAUUGUCUUACUAAUUGCGAGACAAUAUCUAUUGUAUUCUCACACACGUGCAAGAGUACAACUCUGAGAUGGGAGACACCAUCAGUUAAGUAUAACUGACUUCCAUUGCACCCUAGGGCCACCACACACCAGUAAAAGAUGUCACGUCUGUUUUUUCCCCCCAAAAUGUACAAAGAUCCUAGAAAGUGACAGAGCCACUUAUAAGAAAUAAAAACAUAUUCCUAACAGAAUAGUGUUCCUCUCACCAUGCACAUUAUAGGGCCCCACAUAAAAAAAAGCUGUUAACAUGCCUUACAACGCGCGCUGCAAUGGUCUCUAUGCUGCAGGUCAAUUCUGAUGUUCUCAGCCAAUCCCAUUCUUCCCUGUAGAGAAGCAUUGGGAGGCUAGUGACUGUGCUGUGCCAAUCAAAUGCUCUCUGUGAGAGUCAUUUGAUUAAAUAGCCAAGUCUGACUCGGUUAUUCAGCAGAAGGACCCUCUAGUAGCUGUCAGGAAGACAUGUCCCUUUAAAGUGUGUUAAAGGGACAUGCAUCACUUUAGCUUUGAAUGACAGCUGCCUCGCUCUGCUUGCUGAAUGAAAUCAGAUAUAUAUGUUUGUUUUUAUAUAUGCCUGCUUCUUUCUUGCUUUAAACAACCACUACAGGGGGGACACUGGUCCCCCUAAUCUUUGUCCUAUUCUUAGGAAUGCUGGAAAAAGUGAUUGAGCAAGCUUGACAAAUUUACACAUGUUCAAUUGUAAGAUCACCAGCAACAUCCUAACAGGGGAAGAAGAGAGGGAGUCUGAUCAGUGUGAUCACGGAGAGCUGGCUCCGGUGUCUGUCUCUCCUAUUGCUACACAAUGAUCCCCUGUUUCUGUUUCUAGCUGAGAGGCGUGCUCAAUAAUGCAAUCUGACUAAGUUUAUAAACGUUUAUACUUUUCAAGGUUUUUCGUGGUUUAUAUUGGUUUCUAUAUUCAUAAUAAUAAUCAUAACAUUACCGUUCUCUGAUAAACAAAAUGUUUUAGAUUGUAGGGUUAAAACAACAGGGCCUCCUCACCCAAACCACUUAAUUUUUUUAUUUUUUAUUUUAAUUUUGCCAAUGAAGAUGUGGAAUUAGCUGUCUAAAGAAGUUGUUUUAUCAGAUUGUGCAAAUCUUUUUAAACAACGUCUAGAUAAUUAUUUGGAAAACCUGAAUAUUCAAGUAGUUAAUAUGUGAGGUAACCGAUUGUUGAUCCAAGGAGAAACCUGGCUGACAUUUUGUAGUAAGGAAAUUUUAUUUUCUAAUUUGUGGCACAAUUAGAAAUUGUUUCAAUUAUUUUAAUACAUAUGUGUAAAAGGUUGAACUUGAUAGAUUUGAGUCUUUUUUUUUGUCCUAUAUUUCUAUGAAACUCAUCUCAAAUCUGCAGAUAAAGCACUGGGUCUUUGAUGCAGGUUUUUUUUUUUUUUGAAUUGUUAAAAUAGCACCAUAAUGCUGGGCUGUACUCCCCAGUGCUCUUUUGCCCAUUCACUUCCUGAAAUCUAAGAUCUUUUCUAAAGGUCUUUGUACAACAGAGGAGUAAGUGUUCAUACAGAUACCUUGUAUAAUCAGUUCUUACUUUGUUCUUUUCCAGAAAUUCCGUGAUCCAGAUUUUCCUUAUAAGCUGCGGCAUUGCUGUGAUGACAGUGUUAUCAUUAAUCGUAGAAUGA